AAUGUCUGGAUCCACAAAAUGCAGUUGAAUGCUUCGCCAAGGCGUGCGAAAUUCUGUAAGUCCAUUGCUUGCUCAAUUUCUAUUUCAUCAUAUAGUGCUCAACAGCUAGGCGAUCUUCAUAGUGAUUUGGCUAUGCCCAAUUUACUAUAUGGAACAGCUUUACUUGAAUUAGCUAGGGCGGAAAAUGAUGUAUUCGGAGAACAAGGUGAUUGCAUAGAGAACCCUAAUACUUCGGAAGAGAAAACAGAAGAACCUCUUCCAUCCAGUUCAACUGGUGUGACUCAUGAAACCGAAGAAGUUGAUGAAAUUGAUGAUCACAAAGAUGGAGGUGAAAUUUCCACUCUCCAACUUGCAUGGGAGGUAGUAGAGGUGGCUCGCAGUAUUUUUUCCAAGCAUGAUGAUGUCGAACACAGGCUUAAGUGUGCAGAAUGCCUUGAAAGGUUGGGCGAGAUUGGUCAGGAAUCAGGAAAUAUUGAAGCUGCCAUAAAAGAUCUUUUGGAGUGUCUUGAAAUUCGCAAGAAAGACGAUCCGAAGAAUCUCCGGCUUAUUGCUCUAACCCAUUUUCAAUUAGCUCUAGCCCACAGCUAUAAAGAGGACUUCAAAUCGGCUAAUGACUCGUUUGGAGAAGCUUUAGAAUAUCUCAAGGAGAGUAAAGCACAAUAUGAAUCUGACCUAUGUGCUAUUAAUAAAGAAGAUGAUGCGGAAAAGGAUAGGAUCAGUGUCUUGGAGGUGUAUAUUAGUGAAGUUGACGGGUUGAUAAAAGACAUUGGUGAACGGCGAAAGGAGAUCUGUGAAAGUUCCGUCGUAGUCAAAGAGGCAGAGGCUUCACAACCAAAAACGAUAGAUAAGGAUUCUCCAGUCGUCGACAUUAGUCAUCUGGUUAAGAAGAAACGGUCAGCUGAAGAAGAACAGAAUGCAGAUUUGCCCGCAAAGAAGGCUAGAGUCGACGAUGUGGAAGAUAAAAAGGAGGAAGAUCCUCAGCAAGUUGAGAACGGGAAAUCCUCAUAA